CACCGGUGUGAGACAACGCUCGUGUGCUGUGUGCCUGUGGCAGGCAUGGGUGUGCUGUUUCAUUUGGCCUUGACAUUCCCGUUGCUGUCGCCAACCAUCGCGGCGUAUGACAAUGGCCUCCCUAAUGGCACAUGUUUUGACACUGCCAUCCCUGAAAACCUCCGCAAGAACCUGACCACUCCUCAGGGAGAGUCGGUGCCGAUUACUUUCCUGUUGGCAGGAUGGAGUUCCGCCCAAGUCACCAGCUCCGUGAUUGAAAUCCUAUUGACAGAGAUCAUGGGGUACAACAUUGCUAUUGGCAAUCGACCACCAGCUUCAAGUGUGGAUUCCAUCUACUGCAUGCUGGGUUGUGCAACCUGGUGGAAUAACACUAAUCGUGGAUGUGAAACCAGGAAGAUCAUUCAUCAUGUGAUGGUUGAAAGCUGGUAUCUUGGCUUUCCCCAUGUCUUGGACUUGUUGGCUGAGAUGUACCAGGAAGAGAUGCCGUUCAGCGCAGGUGACAUGGGAUAUCCGGGUACCGCUGGUGGAUAUCUUCCAGCGGCCCCCUUGACCCAAGCACUAAAUACCACAGGCGUUCCGUUUGAGUACUACAAGAACUGGGAUGCAGCUUGGUUCACGCCCUCGGACUACUUCGUGAAUCUGACGGCUGUUGACACAGCAGACUUCAUGAAAUGCAGCGAAACCACGAUGCACGACAACGUCACCGCAUAUACCUUCUUCAAAAUCAGCGGUGAUACUGACGGUGUCGUCAUCACUGAGGAAAAUGGAGUGAAGACGUACAAACUUCUUUGCCAGGACGAGUACUUUUGGCGCCCCAGCAGCUGCAGAAGUGACCCAAGCAAAUGCGUCGUGUUUGUGACUGGCGGGGAUGGUUGGGACAUUCCGCAUGCACCGCAGAGGGCAGCAGCAUAUAACAUGCCAUUCGCCAUUGGGGUGGCUGCUUCAUGGAGCAAGUACUUGGAAGUGCCUGGGAAGUACAAGUCGAUGUACUUCUACUGGUGGACCCCAGAUGAUUCCUUCAUUGAAAUGCAGCCCACCAAGCUGAUCUUGCCAACUUACGAUGCCUAUGCUUGGACCCUGAGCGAUUACACCACCGCUGCGGCAGAUAUAAAAACUGCAAAGAUCGUACCAAAAGAUUUGACUAUAAUGGCUCCUGAUGUGGUGAAGCUCCUGGCCGCCAGCUUGUUUGAUAGCGCGGCAGUGGACAGCAUGAUGCUCAACAUGAAAACCAACUCACUGACCCGGGAACAAGCUGCUUGUGCCUGGUUGAAAGGCAACGAUGUUCGGUGGAACAUGUGGAUUCCAGAUUCCACCAAGUGCGACCCUGGCUUUGGGCUUUACGAUGACGCCACGGAGGUCUUCACUGCCCAGCGAACCACAGCCACGACUUGCAGGGCUUGCCUUCCAGGGAUGCUUUCCAAGGCCUAUUCCGAUGAUUCCGGCCCCACCUACGUUUGCGAAGCUUGUCCUGCGGGCCAGCAACAGCUGGGAGCCGGCGAAAUGGCUUGUGAUCCUUGUCCUUUGGGCACGUCCAAGUUAAACCAGUCCACAGAGGAGUGCGCGCUCUGUCCGGCAGGCCAAUACCAGGACGAGGAAGGAGCUUUUCAAUGCAAGAAGUGCCCGCCAGGAACAACGACCAUGAUUUUGGGAAUGAAGUCAAUUUCAGGAUGUGGUUGCAAGGCUGGCAGCAUCGAUGUCUCUGAUUUGAACUCUCCACUUCGGACCGCAGCCGAUUGCCAAGCCUGCACCGCCGGUCUUGAUUGCCCCACCAUGUCGACAGUAGCAGCGCUCAAAGCUGGUGUGUCUCCCGUGGGUGAGGAGUUUACGCCCAUGGUCAUCGAAGGCUACUUCAGCACCGAGUCGAAACCGAUUGAGCUGUUCAAGUGCUCGAGCCCAGUCGAAUGCCCAGGCGGAAAGCCUGACACUUGUGGCGGAGAUCGCGUUGGGGUUCCUUGUGGCGAAUGUCCGGCUGCGACCUAUUGGGCCGGAUCGAAAUGCUCAGGAUGCACCGCAUGGUCUGCGAUUGGUUGGAUUUUGUGCAUUGCGCUCAUCUUCGCAGGCCUGGUGGGGGCUUACUACUUCUUGAACUCGGCUGUGACGGCAAAGGCUUCCACAUUGGUCAGCACGACAUGCGCAGUUGGCAUGAUGAUCAACAUGCUCCAAAGCCUGGGGAUCAUUGGAACGAUGACGGUGGGAUGGCCAGUGAGCCUCAAAGGCAUCUGGGGCUUCUUGCAGGUCUUUACCUUUGACAUUGACGGCUUUGCAUUUGCUUGCAUUGCCGGUGAAAACCCAGUGGCACGCUACAUUUUACUGGUCCUGUUCUUCCCAGCCGGGCUUCUUUGGUUGAGCCUCUGCGGCGUUGUUUCCAAAGUCAAAGCAAAAUGGGCUUGGGACACGACCAAACUUCGAAGUACCAUGGGCCAGUUCAUGCAGGUGUCUUUCUCAACGAUGAGCAGCACAGCAUUGGUACCAUAUUUUUGCUACGCACACCCCAACGGCUUCCGAAGCAACCUCAAGUACACAAAUGUUUUUUGCGGAACUGACGAGCACACUGCUAUGGUGAUUGCUGGCUCACUUCUGCUUGCUUUCGGCGUUUGUGGCUUCUGGGGCUUCGCAGCCUACCUCGCUCACAUGUGUCCCAAGUGGUGUUCUGCUGGAAAGUUUCAAAGGGUGCAGAACAAGGGAGACAAAGAGGAAGCCGACGUCCAAGGAGCAAGCACAGGUCAAGAAACCGAUGACCCCAAAGACAGUAUUAAAAAGGGAUUGACUUAUGAAGAAGCUUGUAAGGACAUCGAAACCACAGUUCGCACCCUUAGGGCCGAUGUUUGUUCUCAUGUCAUGCGACACUCCACUGAUUAUAAGCCCAGCUGGGCGCCAGACAGCGGAGAGACCGAAGUCACGGCGGCCGGGGCAGUUCCGGCAACCUUUGAAGAGUGGGCAGCAUCCCUACUCAGGGACCGUCAAUGGAUGUGUGGCAUGGCGCUUGAAGCUGCUGCGCGUAGAUGUGGUGUCAAAAUUGUCAUUUUAGAAGAAACCAAUGGGGAGAUGCUUGAACCUCUGGUUUGUGGAACUGGCAAGAAACGUGAAGACCCUAUCAUUUUGUACCUCAAAGAUGAGCAUUUUCAAUUGGUUCUUCGACAGGAAGACCAGUCUACAGGAGAGCGAGAAACCAAGAGGGGACAGCACUAUGGCUCCUUCAACCGACCAAAAUGCUACAGGAAGCGAUUUUCAGUUUGGCACAGUUGCGACCUCAGGCCCGAGCGUGUCAAACUUUGGCGUGGGUUUCAAAAAUGCCGCCAGACCGCUAUGCGAGAGGAUUUCGCUACUCAGAUGUGGGUAGCCCGGCAACUUGGAUGGAAUGUCAUUUUUAUUCAGUCCUUUGGUAGCAACAACGGUGGCCUCGCAGUUGCAGUCAGAGAGGAAUGGCACAAUUGCCUCCAACAGGACAGCGAAGCGAUUUGGGCACAAUGGACUCAGGAUUUUGAAAGCUUCUUGGCUGGCACCCAGCAGGUCAUCCCAGCCAAACGCUUUCCUCUCAUAGGGAAAGGGAAUUACGACGUGGCAUCAGGAGAGCACGUGAAGCUGCCUUUCUUUCCCGCAAAGGUGAUUCACAAUGUCUGGAAAGCGAUUUUUGGAUGCGAUACUGAUGCAGACGCUGACCCCCAACAUUUUUGCCGGAUGUACAAAGAUGACCUCCCCGAGGAGACUCAGGCUCAGACGCUCCCCAAACUAAAUAAGUGGCAGGUGCGUAACAUGGCUGCUACCAUGGCCAACAAAGCCACGGGCCCUGACGGUAUUUCGGCUCAACACCUCUUGACACUCCCAGAUGAUGGCUGGGAAAGGAUCACUCAGAUGCUUAAUCGGUUUGAAACGCUGCAAACCUUUCCUUCUGCAGUGCAGCACUGGAAAGUUGUUUUCAUACCUAAAGGCAAUGCUCCUGAAGGGGUGAGUGCAGACCAGAUGAGACCCAUUAGUGUGGCGUCUAUUCUGUACCGACUUUGGGCCCGCUGCCGGAUCAAACAAUGCAAUGAGGUGGUCGAGAAACACCUGGCCCCGCUUCAAGCCACUACGCAGCUUGACCCUGAAGUCAUUCACCUUGUCUUGCGGGGAGAAUGUCCGGCCUCCUCCUUUCAGUAUGGAUUGGCUCUAGACUACAAAAAGGCUUUCGACAGCGUGAACACCGAGCUGGGCCUUCACCUCCUCAAACGGGUUGGUCUCCCUCAGAACGUGCUUGGUUUGCUCUCCAGCCAAUGGAGGAAUCAAACGCGCUGGUUAAGUUUCGCUGGUGCAAUUCAUGCUGAACCGUUGACCAAAGUCCCUAGUCUGCCGCAGGGAGACCCCUUUUCCCCGCUCACCUUGGCUCUUAUUUUGUCCUGCCCAGGCAAAAGAUGCAUCAGGCUUUUCCCUAUGGUGAAAUGUGCGCUCUAUCUGGACGACAGAACCUUGACUAGCGGCAACGUUGAGAAGUUAGUUGAAGCUGCAGCUGAUUGGGAUCGUUUGUCCCAAGUCACCAGACUCAGUACCAAUCACCAGAAGUCCCAGCUCUGGGGCAGAACUGCAGCGGCUGCGAAAUACCUGAGAGAACAGCACUUUGAAUUUCCUGUCAAGAACGAAGUUGAAGUCUUGGGUUAUUAUUUGGGCGCCAACCCUGAGCAGCACCCCAAGAGGCUGGCCCGUGUCGAAAAUGGAAAAACAGUGGCGCGAAAGAUAGCCACGCUUCCCAUUCCCCAAACCCUUAAAAGCCAGCUCGCCAUGAGCCUGCUCACCAGCACUGCUGCCUGGGGACAGGACGUCACCAAAACUCAACUCCUCCGAGCGGCGCAAGACCAGCACCUGCAAAACUUCAAGUUGGCUGUUUUUGGCAUAAAGAAUCCCUCUAGCAGUGAUUCUCAAAGCAAAGCUCAGAACAGGUCUUCUCCUCACCUCAGGCAAAUACUCGAUUUGGGUCACGGCUCGGAUCUGAUAUUUGUCGUGGUGACUAAGUACAUGAGCGCGCUGGCGCGUUGGUACAAAUAUAGAGUCCCUGAUAGCAGCCUCACUCGCAGUUUUCAACGCAAUUCGGCAGAUGUCUGGAGAGCUGUUCGAAAGCACCUCAACACUUGGGGAUGGCAGGAACAGGACUGGGGACACUGGGCAGUGCCCAGGGAAGUGCACUUUCAGAUCACCAUGCCCAAAGAACAACGUGGUGGCACAGCCAUCUUGUCUGGUCAUACUAAGGCUAAAAUUGUUUUGGUGGAACAAAACUCUCGUCUCACACUUGGUAGCCCUAGCAACAUUGUGAAGAAGAGCUUUGUGAGAUGGGCCAGACCGUUGCUGGCACUGACCGUGGUGGUGGCUCCUGACUAUCCGGCCGUGCAAUGUUUGGCCUGCCAGAUUAUUCUGAUGACGUUCAUGGCCGUGCAAAUCUACAACUGGCCUUGGAAGGCGCCCAUUCUCAACGUUGUGGAUAUGGUCGUUUGCUUCCUACUCGUCAUCCUCGUAGCUGUGGCCGGCUUCUACGUCCCAGCAGUCACAGAUGGUCUGAAGACUUUCUUCGAGGUCUUCAAUAUUGUGGCUUUGAGUGGCCUACUUGUGCUGGUUGGAGUAAUGAUCCUAGCAUCUGUGCUGGCACUCUUCUACCGCGCUGCUAUCGGCAGCCAACAGGAGUUGAAGAUCAUGACCGUUGGGAAAACACCACCGCCGUCACAGGUGGCCUCCGUCUUGGUGCGCCAGAUUGCAGCUCUGGUCAGCAAAUCCGACGAGCAGAUGGCUGCCAAGUUGGAGAAGCUUGGAGUUUACGACUUGCAGGCGCUGCAACUGGCCUCGUCUAUCCUGCAAAACGAGGUAGUGGAUGCUACGGAUGCUAUUGAGCCCACCAGGUCCAGCAGGUCGACUUCUCGCAUCACUUCCCAGGCGUUGGCACCGGCGCCGAAGAAAAAGGCAGAGCCUGAGCCCCCGAAGCCUGAGCUUGAUAAGGAUGAUGAGGAUAUCAGGGACGGAAAGGACCAGAACAAGCUCAAGCAAGCUGCGGUGUGA